GCUGAACGCGAACUUUGUCUCAUUCGUUGAACGAUCGUUCGCAAGUGAUCCUCGUUCAAGUUCUGUAUACGAUUGCAGCUUCAUACGAUGAAUUCCUUUCUCGUGUACCUGGUCUUUCUAGCCGUGACGCUACGAACAGCUACUUUGCAGGAUCGGCCAGCUAUUACUUACAUUUCGCCGAAACAAAUUAAAGCGGUCGGAGACGCUGUGAGCCUGUCAUGUGUCGCUGAUAAUGCUGUGGAUAUUCCUGUUCUCUGGACAAAGGUUGCAGAACAUACCCUAUAUAUAUCAAGCGGAAGUGCACUUGUUGUUCCUGACAACCGUUAUUCAGUGGCUACACACCGUAACGCAACAUCUUUGGAGUUUACAUUGACGAUCUCUAAUCUUCAAUUAAUAGACGCCGGACUCUAUAAAUGUGUAUUAUCCAUCGGCCCUGAGAACCGACCUUCUGCCGAUGUGGAAUUAAAUGUUCGCCAACCAUCGCAGUGAUGAUCUCUUGAAAUUUCGGAAGAUAUAAAAUAAGCAAAAAUCAUCCACCUUUCAAACUAUUUAGUAAGUUAUUGGCUUAUAGCUAAUAUCUAUUUGUUUUCUCAGAAAUCUUAUCGGGCCUCUUAUCUGGAUGGAUAAAUUGUGUGUAGAAGGAAUUGAACUUUGACUUUGAACAAACAAUGUAUUUAUAAUUUCAUGUACAUGAAAGUGCUUAUUUGCAGUGUACCGUAAAUUUAUAUGUAUUCUCUGCACGUAAUAUGAUAAUUCCUAGAAAUUGGCCUAAAUAAAUGGAAUCAAAUGAUAGGAAUA